AUGGAUGCGGAAGUGGAAGAACACAUCAACAAAUGUCACGCAUGCCAAGUCACGGGUAGUCCCUCUCGUCCGGAACCGGUCAAGCCUACAGAGCUCCCCAGUGAAAGAUGGUCGUCUUUAGCCAUAGACGUCUGUGGACCCUUCCCAUCUGGUGAAUACGUAGUCACACUCAUCGAUUACUAUUCUCGUUGGCCAGAAGCCAAAGUCAUGAAGUCCAUAACAUCACGAAACAUCCUGGCGUGGCUCGACGACGUUUUCGCAACCCACGGAUACCCCAAGCAGAUCAAAUCCGACAACGCUUCUUACUUUAUAUCAUGCGAAUUCUACACAACAUUGAAAUCGUGGGGUGCUACCGUCAAGUAUGUUACAGAAUACUGGCCUCAAGCAAACGGACUCAUAGAACGUUUCAACAGAGUUUUCUUGAAACACGUCCAAACGGCGCUAGUCGAAGGGAAAGAUUGGAAAGCAACACUUCCAACAUUACUUAGAAACUACCGUGCCACUCCUCACGGAUCCACUGGAGAAACACCAUCGCAACUGCUAAUGCAGCGAGAGUUGAAAACUAAACUACCAUCGACAUCCCAAGUGAUAAAUUUACCACAAUUUAACGACUUGGAAGUUCGACACACGGAUGCGCAGUCGAAGAAAAAGGGGAAGGAAUACGCGGAUGCGCGGCGAAAUGCCAAGGAGAAGAAGAUUAAAUCAGGAGACUAUGUUCUAGUUCAACAGAAACAUCGAGACAAAUUCACAACCAACUUUCAAACAGAGCGAGUAAAAGUCAUUAAGGUUAACGGAUCGCAGAUCGUGUUCAAAGACAAAGACGGAAUAGUUCACCGAAGAAACUCGGCACAUGUAAAGAAAGUCCAACACGAAGAUCAAACUGAUGAAGAAAUUGACGACGACAUGGUACAAACAUCAGCACAACAUCAACGCGAACCAGUAGAAGAAAUACCACCACCUAUCCCACCGAGAAGAUCAACUCGUAAUCGAAAAGCGCCGGAGUUUUACCAAUCUGGCUACAGUUAA